GCUCUCCAAAUAGCAUCAAAGCAGCCUUGGGACAGUGGUGGGGCACCCCAGGGCCCCUGCACAGGGAGGGGACAUGGCUUCAGCCUCCCCCCUGCUGGAACCUCUCCUGGGGACCGAGAUGUGGAAUGGGGGUAGAAAAGGGAAUUGUCCUGGUGGCUCAGGGCGCUGUGUGAGCAGAGGUGAGCGAUGUGUGAGGUGCAGGCAGUGCAUUGAGAUGCUGAAUGUCAAAAGGGAUGUGAGGUUUGACAUUCAGAGCUCUGGAGUGGGGCUGGGACCCCUCCUUUCUUGCAGCUCCUGGGCAUGGUGGUGUUGUGGGACACCUGAGGAGGUGCUGAGGUGACACUGUGCAGUCGGUGAGCAUUCAGGGGCACCUCAGUUUUGCAGGUAUCCCUAAGUUUUGCCCUAGAAUAAAGGCACCCUGGAGCUGAAGGGGUGGCUCUGUGAGGGAGCAGUUCAGUUCCUCUCAAAAACAAGUGCAUGUCCUUGCUCCGAGGCCGUGUGUUCGGGGCUGCUGCUCCAUUAGGAUAACAGCAGUGCAGAGCUGGAAAUCUCUGAGCUGGGAAGGCCUGUGCUGUCUGCAUUGCCAGGGCAGCAAUCUGGGAAGGAGAUGCUCAGCUGCUGCCUUCCCGUGGUCCCUCCAUACCCCGUCCCAUUGCAGGUGCGAUGUGAGAUGUGCUCAGUCUGAUUGGAGAGGAUCCAUCCAGAUCCCUCCUGGAGGUGUGGGCAGGAGCAGUGCAGCCAUUCCCAGGCACAGGUAGGGCUGAGCACCAGAGGGCUGUGCUGCAGUUCCCCGUGUGCCCUCAGCACCACAGUGAGUGGGUGACCUCCCCCCCCCUCACCAAACUGUUGCGACAGCAAAGAGGAGCAAGGUCAGCAUCCCCGCAGCAGAGUGCAGGAGCUGACGUCAAAGGAAGCAGCUGUGAUUCACAGCUUUUGGGGAGCACUCAGUGCUGGGGCUGUAACUCAUCCCACAGAUGUCAUUUCAGCCUUGAACAUUAUCGCUGCUCUUGCUCCACCCCCAGGAGAUGUGGGGCUGCCCCCUCAGUGCAGCAGAGCGUGGCUGGGACCCCCACCCCACAGCCUCCCUAUGCGCCUUGCGGCCCUGCUCUGCAUGCACAACCCUCAGCUGCAGCUCCAUGCAAGCUGUCUACAAAGUUCUCUCAGCCUCACAACGUGCACAGAGCAUCCAUGUGCAUUCCCCACGUGCCCUGCAGCAGCAGAGGGGGACAGCAGAGUUUGCCCCACGUAUCUGGGCAGCAGCAGCUGCGUAAGGAUGUGCGCAUGCGCUGCUGUUGGCACCCACUGUGACCCACAGCCCCCAGCAGAUGCAUGGGGAGACGGAGCUGCCCUUGGCCUGCAGGGCACUGCCGUAAGUGAUGGCCCUUAUCUCGGUGCUGACAAGCCAGCAUCCUUCAGCUGGUGGAUUUAAGGCCCAGCCUUGGGGCUGAGGCACAGCAGUAUUUGCAGCAGUCACCAGAACUGAGCUCCACUGCGCUGCAGAGAUGCUGCCUGCCACCUUCAAGCUGUGUGCUGCCAUCUCCUACCAACACCUGCGCAACGUGACCGGGCUGCGCAGACAGGCUGCAGUGGCCAUCAGCCAGGAGCUCAGCAAGCUGUCGUGCCGCAGCGCGGGGCCCAGCACGUGGAUCAGCCAGGUCCGCAGGCGAAGCUCUCUGCUCAGCUCCAGGCUGGAGGAGAAGCCCUUCAGCGAGAUGGAGAUGUCCUACAUCAAACAAGGAGAGGAAGCCCUGCAGAAGUCACUCAGCAUCCUCGGGGAUCAGGAGGGCUGGAAGACGGAGACGGUGGUGGACAACGGAGACAAAGUGCUGAGCAAAGUGCUGCCGGACGUGGGCAAGGUGUUCCGACUGGAGGUGGUGGUGGAUCAGCCCCUGGAUGCUGUGUACAGUGAGCUGGUGGACAACAUGGAGCAGAUGGGAGACUGGAAUCCCAGCGUCCAAGAGGUGAAGAUCCUCCAGAAGGUUGGGAAGGACACCCUGAUAACCCACGAGACAGCAGCUGCUGUACCUGGGAACAUCGUUGGGCCGCGGGAUUUUGUGAGUGUGAGGUGCUCCCGACGCCGAGGCUCCACCUGCGUGCUGGCAGGGAUGUCCACCAAGCACGGAGCCAUGCCCGAGCAGCAGGGAUUUAUCAGAGCUGAGAAUGGCCCCACAUGCAUGGUGCUGCGCCCCCUGGCUGGCAGUCCCUCGCAGACCAAGUUAACGUGGCUUCUUAGCAUUGACCUGAAGGGCUGGCUGCCAAAGACCAUCAUCAACCAGGUCCUGUCCCAGACCCAGGUGGAUUUUGCCAAGCACCUCCGGCAGCGCAUGGCGCGGGCUGCUGAGUGCACAGGCUGCCACUGAGAGCUUCGUUCAGGGCUGACAGCUGGGAUCUCGUCCCUAGAUAAGUCAGAUACAACUCAAUUCUGGCCUGUGCUAACAAGACAGGCCUUUAAUAGCAGGCAGUAGUAAUAAAGCUUAACUAAUUAGCCAGGAGCCUGAUUCAGAAGGCAGUGCCAGCAGCGAGCGGAUGCCGUACCUGAAGCAGCACGUUGUUGCUGGGACCUCCCAGCUAAUUACUUGAAGCUUUAUUAGUCUGCAGUAAAAAGGCCUUGGCUAAUUAGUUAUUAGGGAAGAGUCCCAGGAGCCUCGUUCAGAAGGCAGGGCCAGGCAGUGCUGCUCCGUGUGCAGAACACAGGGCUUAGCCUCAAAUGCAUUCCCCUCCUUUCCCCUAGCGAAGCAGCUCUAAGUUAUUUGAUGUGAUUUUGCACAGGAAGAUUAUUUAUUCAAAGUUCUGCACUGAUUGUCAUUAGCAGGAGUCCCUGGGAAACUCGUCAUUGCUUCCAUAGACAGCUUCAGAUUUCAAGUAGGUACUUUAAGGUUGCAGGUUAUGAAGGGGGAACUGCGAUACUUCAACAAAAAGCACAAGACAAAAACGAGGGAAGAGUUUAAAAGAGUUUAUGGUUCAACUGGCUGCCAGUUUAUGUAAAAAACAAAAGAAAAACAAAAAAAUCCAGCUUGGGCAGAAGCCCAAAUUUCAGUCUUACAUGCAGUUCUCGUUACAACACAAUCCUGGAUGGAAACUGUUGAGAUUUAGCCAAGCACAGCUAAGCAGAAGUGCCAGAGUUGCUUCUGCAGGGAUGGAGACAGCAGGUGGGUGCAACCACACGCCUGGUCCCACUGAACGACUGGUGUGAGUCAGAUGGGAAAUGAUCUCAACACAGUCGUUGCUUCUUCAGCUUGCCACACUGUGAGCUCCUGGAGCCUCGCAGAGAUGCUCACAAACAGCACAAUACACACUAGGACAGCAGUGAGUUGGACUCAGCACAGUGGCACUGCAUGAAUCUCCAGCAAGGAGCGUGCACGCACUGCACCUGCUGCCCAGAGCUGCGUUGGCUUCGUGUCUGUUUGUUAUGGGUUGUUCUGAGCUGCACCUUCCUCCAGAAUAAAAUCCACCUGGGUUGA